AUGGAGGCGAUCGCACAAGCAGGCAGAGCGUUUCUGAGCUCGACGAGCGGCAUGCUGCAAGAUGCGCUCGUAUCGUGCAAUGCCUCUGCGUCGAAUGCACAUGCCGAUUCGCUCACCAAAGACCUCGUUGUUCAACAGAUCCUCAUCCACCCGAUCAAGUCGUGUCGUGGAACCUCGGUAGACCAAGCCGCAUUCGACCAUCAGGGUUUGCAAUACGAUCGCACAUGGCUCAUCAUCGAUGCCAACACCAAGAAAUUCUACACGGCACGCGAAUUGCCAAAGAUGGUGUUGAUCCAUCCUAGGAUUCAGCACGAAAAAAACACGCUCUCUAUCGAGAUCCCGCAGUCCGAGAACGGCGUUCCUGCCUCGACGGUUCAAGUGUCGCUCCAACCGAGUAAAGAGCAAGUCGCCACGUACGAGGUAGUGGAUGGGAUCUUGAUCUGGGGCGCUUAUGUUGAUGGAUACGCUGUAUCCGCCGAAGCCGACUCGAAACUCUCGGCCUACUUUGGCAAGCAGGUGCGAUUGGUUCGAAAGGGCCCUUCACCACGCCAGUCCGGACCCACAAAUCCGGACGGUGCCGUUGAAUGGACGGACGCUGUGUUGCGGUAUCAGGAUUUCUUUCCUUGUCUGGUCGCUUCUGCAGAAAGCCUCAGGGACGUGCAACGUACACUUACCGCUUCCGUCUACCCAUCUCUGAGCGACAAAGACGAUGCAAAAUCAUUCAAAGUACCACGCUCGGUGAACAGAGAAUAUUGGACACCGGAAGAACUCUCUUCGCUCCCCAUCACGCGGUUCCGACCCAACAUCAUCAUCGACAACGCCUCUGAUGCAUCCACCCCGCUCUCUGCGUGGGAGGAAGACGGCUGGACCGCAGCUGAGCUGUUCCCCGCCAACACCGCCGCUCCGUUCGGCAAACAAGCCGAGCGAAAAGGUCGAGCCGGAAUCUACAUGUUGGCCAAAUGCGCACGAUGCAUGGUCCCCAACAUCGACCCUGAGACAGGCGUAAGGGACAACUUCUUACCGUACCGAGUGUUGCAGGAGUAUCGCCAGGUAGACCAAGAAGCCGCGAAAAAGGGUAAGCCUUGCUUCGGAAUGCUGAGCGUUCCCAGAGAGAAGCAAGGCGUCAUCAAGGUAGGUGAUGUGUUCAGGGUAACCAAAACCACGGAUCCGCAGACCAGGCCUUCGCCUGUCUAG